AUGGAAACCGAGGAUCCGAAUGUGUUGGCGUCAGUGGAAUUUGAAGUGUUUGGACAAGUUCAAGGUUGUUACUUCACUAAAUACUGCAAGGAGUUGGCGGAACAGAUAGGCGUCACAGGAUGGGUAAAGAAUUCCAAGAAAGGCACCAUCGUUGGCAAAAUACAAGGAAACAAAGCUGUAUUGGACCACAUGAUUGACUGGUUGAAGACAACAGGUUCUCCAGGCUGCAAGAUAGAGAAGUGCGAACUCACCAACUGGGAGUAUCUGGCUCGACUCGACUACACCGAUUUCAGCAUACGAUUCUGA